ACACAUAUAAACACACACACACACCACCUCUUCCACAUACUAUUACCCAACAUCAGGCAAAACGUACCAUGAUACAAGCUGCCGUCAGACUCUCCUUGAGCUGCAAGGGCGUGUUGAGGAAGAUGCCCCGCGCCUUCGCCUCGCCCCCAGUCCACCACACCCACACCUCCGCCCAGACUCGCAGCCACGUCCACGUCGCGCCACGGACAGAGCUGGAUUUCGGGAAUGUGAACUGGGUGUUUCGGCACAAGACGACACGCGAGCUGAUGCGGGGUCUGCUGGUGCUCCACGCAUGCGCCGUGGACCCCCUGGUGACGCACAGCUACAAGCUGAUGAAGUUUGGCCAGCGCCUGAUGGGGGAGCGGGUACUGGGCUUGCUGAUGGCGCCCUUCUACUACCAGUUCGUGGCUGGGAACACAGAGGCGGAGCUGGGACGAGUGAGUGGCAUCCUGGCCGACGUGGGUGUGAGGUUGAUGGUGGCGCCUAUGCUGGAGACGGACCUUGGCGAGGGAGUGGACGAGCAGGAGAUGUACCUUCGCAACCUGACGAAGACGCUGCUGCUGGUGGGACAGUCGCGGCGGCAGAGUGUGCUGGGUGGCUCCCGUCCCGUGUGCCAGACCAAGAUGACGGCACACCUCACCGCGGAUGUCUUGAAGCGAGUGUCGGACGCGUACCAAAGCCUAUCACUGGAGGGCAAAGUGAAGGCAGUCGCGACGCUGGGGGAUCUGAUGGUGGAGGAGGUGAAAGCUAAGGGUUCCUCCUCCUCUUCUUCCCCCUCCGUCAAGCGCCUCCUCCUCUCACUGCCUCUCCAGGAAACAGAUGCACAACGCCUCAUCUCUUGUCUGCCACGCCUUCAUCAGCUAGGUUGGCACUGUGUCGUGGUGGUGGCGUGGCUGCAGGGGCGGCGUUGUCGGGAUGAUGGCGUGGUGCUGGCUGUGGACGCCGAGUGGACCUACACCAACCCUGCCAUAAACCUGAUGACCCUCGCCCUCAUGCACAUCUUUAACAGAGGGGAGGCAGGGGAAAUAGUACGCCCGGUCAUCUGGAACACUUAUCAAGGCUACCUCAAGGCGGCCGUGGAAAACCUGCAGGAGGACCUAGCGGUGGCGUCGUUACUAGGCAGUGACGUAAGCUUCGGUGCCAAGCUGGUUCGAGGCGCCUACAUGGAGAGGGAGAGGGCGUGGGCAGCUGAGCAAGGCCAUCCAGACCCCGUCAACGACACUUACGAGGAUACCUGUACAGUCUACAACAGGAUGGUGCGCGUGAUGCUGGAGGAGGUGGCGAGAGCUGGGGCGGCGGCGAAACUCCAGGGAACGGCCUCGUCUCGCGCCGUCAUGGUCGCCACCCACAAUGAGGAAUCCGUAGUGCGAGCUGCGGAGUUGGUGGGACGCCUGGGUCUCGAUCCGCAGGGGGGUGACGUGGUGUUCGCCCAGGUGUACGGCAUGGCAGAAAACAUCUCGGUGCCUCUAGCUGCUGCGGGGUUCUUGGUGUAUAAGUCAGUGCCAGUAGGGACCGUGGGCGAGGUGCUGCCAUAUCUGAGCCGCCGCGCCGCCGAGAACAGGGCGGUGAUGCGCGGCGCCAGACGAGAGCGACAGCUGCUGGCGAAGGAGCUGGCGGCGAGGGUGACGCGGCGAGGGUGAAGAGGGGAGGAAGUUGUGGCGGUGGUAGCGGUAGCAGCAGUAGUAGGUUGACAGUGUUUCGUCGGCUAUAGUAGUAGCAGUAGUAGUAGUAGUAGUAGUAGUAGUAGUAGUAGUAGUAGUAGUAGUAGUUGUUGUAGUAGUAGUAGUAGUAGUAGUAGUAAUAGUAGUAGUAGUAGUAGUUGUAGUAGUAGUAGCAGUAGUAGUAGCAGUAGUAGUAGUAGUAGUAGUAGUAGUAGUAGUAGUAGUAGUAGUUAUUAAGAAUAUGUGGCUUGCUUGCAUGGACUCAUUAAAUUAAUCAUGUAUCAUUCCUCGUGUCUUAAUAAAAAUAUUACCCCGUCA